AUAUUUUAUCAUAUGUGAUUCCACUAUUAUUUUUUAGGCUAAUAGCCUUAUUAGGUUUAGUUAAUUUAUAUUUAUUUUUUGUUUUUAGAAUUGAUUGUUUAAUUCCCUGUAAUAUCAAGAUAAAAUAUUUAUAUUUUCUUUUUCUUGAUAUUUUAGUACAUUUUAUAUUCGUUUAAGAAAAAUUAGUAAUAAAUUCCUUAAUUAUCAAAUAUCAGUGUAAAUUAUAGAAUAAAAUGGACGAAAUAUACGAUGUCUGUGUUCUUGGAACAGGUUUGAAGGAGAGUAUAUUAAGUGGCCUGCUUUCACAGAGCGGAAAGAAGGUACUUGUAAUGGAUCGUAACCCAUAUUACGGGGGAGAAUCAGCUUCUUUAAACCUGACUAACCUGUACAAAUACUUCAAAAGAGAAUCAUCGCCUCCAACUUCAUUUGGAGUUAAUCGAGAUUGGAAUGUGGACCUAAUACCGAAAUUUGUUCUAGCGGGAGGGAAAUUGGUUAAAAUUCUAAGGGCCACAGAAACUUCUCAAUACCUGGAAUGGCAAGUUCUGGAUGGAAGUUACGUGUAUCAGCACCAGAAGGGGAAUUUUUUGUACAGCGAAAAGUUCAUCCACAAGGUCCCGGCAUCCGACAAAGAGGCGCUUUCAUCACCAUUGAUGGGGUUUCUUGAAAAAAACAGAUGCCAUAACUUUUAUAAAUUUGUUUUUAACUUUAACGAAAAGGACCAGAGUACGUGGAAGAACCACAAUCCAUUCCUCGAGUCCAUAACUGCAUACUACAAACACUAUGGACUAGAGGAAAAUACAAUUGACUUUUUGGGUCAUGCAGUAGCGCUUUACACUAACGAUGACUACCUAAAACUCCCUGCCUGUGAGCCGAUAAAAAAGAUGAAGCUUUAUAUGGAAUCUCUAAUGAGAUUUGGGUCAUCUCCCUUCAUUUACCCAGUAUACGGUCUUGGCGGGAUCCCCGAGGCUUUCUCUAGAAAAUGUGCAAUUCACAGAGGGACUUUUAUGCUAAACAAACCAGUUAAAGAGUUCAAAUUUGAUGAAGAAGGAAAGGUGUGUGGAGUAGUGACAGCUGAAGGAGAACUUGCGAGAUGUUCAAUGGUAGUGUGUGAUCCCACAUACUGCCUAGAACUGGCUCCCGAAAAGGUUAAAAGCACAGGGAAAGUAAUAAGAUGCAUUUGUAUAUUAAGUAAUCCUAUUCCAGAGACAAAUAACGCAUCCUCAUGUCAAAUUAUAAUACCUCAGAAACAACUUAGGCGUAAACACGACGUCUAUGUAACUCUGGUUUCAUAUUCCCACGGGGUCACUAGUAAAGGAAAGUACGUGUGUAUCAUAUCAACAACAGUUGAAACAAAUGAUCCAAUGGCUGAAAUAAUGCCUGCAAUGGGAUUGAUUGGGAAGGUUGAAGACCAUUUCGUCAACAUCUCAGACAUAUACGUACCAACAUCAAAAGAAUGCAAAGAUAACAUUUUCGUAACAGAGUCUUAUGAUGCAACCUCACACUUCGAAUCUGCAUCCAACGAUGUUCUUAAGCUGUGGAGAGAAAUGACGGGCAGUGAAUACGAUUUGUCGAAGGUGGAUGAAACCAUCUAUGAAUAGGAUCGAAUGUAAAUUAUUUUGAAACCCUUCCCAUGUCGUGUUAGAACAUAUGAUUCCCAUUUUAUCCACCUUUAAUUUGUUAUUACUUUUAUU